AUGCACGAGAUCAUCACACUCCAGCUCGGCCAGCGCAGUAACUAUGUGGCCACCCACUUCUGGAACGCCCAGGAGUCCUACUUUACAUACUCAGAGAACGAGGAGUCGCCUGUUAACCACAAUAUUCAUUUUCGAGAGGGCCUAGGGGCUGAUGGCACCGAGACUUUCACCCCUCGUACGCUCAUCUACGACCUCAAAGGCGGGUUUGGUACUCUACGAAAGUACAAUGCUCUGUAUCAGCUCGAGGAGGAGCAACCAGGGUUGUCAAGUGGCCUCUGGGACGGCACGGGAGUUUUGCAGCAGCAGCCCAAGAUCCCGCAAAGUGAAUACCAGAGAUGUCUCGAUAUGGGGCUGCCAGUUCCCAGACUUACAGCAGAAAUGGUCAGGUAUUGGUCCGAUUUUAACCGUGUGUUCUACAGUCCACGGUCCAUCCAGCAAUUAAACGAAUAUGAUCUCGGCUCUCAAUUGAUGCCGUUCGAAGAUUGGUCCGUGGGCCAGUCUCUCUUUUCUGAAUUAGAUAGGGAGCAUGACCUGCUGGACCGUGACCUACGCCCAUUUGCAGAAGAAUGUGACCAGUUGAAAGGAAUGCAAAUUUUCUCCGGGGUCGACGACGCAUGGGGGGGUUUCGCGGCGAGCUAUGUCGACCGAUUGAAGGACGAGUUUGGUAGCAAGAGUAUCUGGACAUGGGCUUUAAACGGCUCAUCCCAGCUCCAAAGAGAAAAACGGAAGCUUGCGUCUGCUAAUACGGCAAGGUCCCUGAGCGAGAUUUGCAGUCAAGUCACAGCCUACAUCCCCAUUACGGACCUGCCAAGCAAGCUGCCGCCCCAUGUCAAGCCGGACCUGCAUCAUGCCUGGUAUUCAUCGGCCCUGACCUCGCUGGCGCUGGAGAGCGUGAGCCUCCCGAGUCGCUCGCGAGGUUACGAAGCGCUUGACAUCUGGGCAAUAGCUUCCAGGGAUUCGCGGAACAUUUAUAACCUUCAAUCUACCAUAGGAACCGGGGAACUGACCACGGUUACCACGGACCAAAGGCACCCAACGAAGGGCGUGCCUGACUCCGAGAAAAACGGUCACGGCGACGACAACCGGGCCCAGGAGCAGCUGAAACAAUUCGAUAUUGACCUCUCCCCACGCGGUCUUGCGGCGAACCACGAUGGGCAGGUGUUCCAGCAGAUCUUGGUUCAGCGAGAUUCUGUGGCCGCCACAACUAGCUCUUCAAAGGCUUCACAAUACACUGGAUCAACCAUGAACUCAACAAUCGGGACACAAAGCUUUGACUCUCCACUCGAAUAUCCAGUGCUAGACUCGUUCCCCCGCGACUUGCUGAGCGAUCAGGGACCACCAGGGUCAACGCUCAAGGUUCAUGCGGCGCUAUCCAUAUCCUCGCAGGUUGGAGACUAUCUCAAGGACCUCCAACGGUCUGUGGGGAUUUACGUUCCUCUGGACCAGCGAGAAGAGUUGUCGAAUAGCCUCACCACGCUAUCGGAGGCUUAUGUUGACGGGUGGCAGAGCGACUCCGAUUCAGGCGACGAUUGA